UGUCAAUUAGAAUAAUGUGUGUCAAAAAUUUCUUAUUUAUAAGGGCUUCAACCCUCCUUACAAUGCUGGUAAUUUCUUACAUACUGGCUGAUGAAACUAGUGAAGAAAUAGCUUUUCCUAUCGAUCAAUUCAUUUUUAAUACGGAACAAUACGAUGAUAAUAUAGACGUAUUCAAAGUAUGCGAGGAAGCUUUGGGAUGUAUAGAAACUGAUUCAAGAUGGUAUCAUAAAAAAUUUAGACCUAUAAAUUUGAGACCGCUUCCACGGCAUAUUUUAAAAACCGACUUCUUACUAAUUAAAAAACACAAUUCUAACGUUGAUGAAUUAUUUUAUACUAAUCUAUUACCAAGAGAAUCAUCUAUCAGAGAAUCGGAGUUUAGGAAUGAUUCUGAGCUUAUGAUUUUGAUACAUGAUUUUACAGCCAAUGGGUACACCGGGUGGAUAAAACAUUUGGCAAAAACUAUUUUUAUCCAUUCAAUAGAUACUAACUUAAUUUCAGUAGAUUGGCAAAGAGGCGCUGAGCCACCUUACGAUCAAGCUGUAGCUAAUGCCCGUGUAGUGGCACUGGAAACUAUAGCUCUCAUCAAAGAACUGCAGGACAAAUUCAAUUAUAGCUUGAAUAAUAUACAUAUUGUAGGACACGGUAUAGGUGCACACAUUGCAGGAUAUAUCGGUACUACUUAUAAUAAAAUGAAAAAAAUUACAGGUUUAGAUCCAAGUGGUCCAAGAUUUCAAGGUAUGCCGAAUCUAGUGAAAUUAAAUGCCAAAAAUGCCAAAUACGUCGAAGUCAUCCAUACGGAUUAUUACGAAUCUAGAAGUCUAGGUAUAAACGAAACUCUAGGACAUAGCGACUUUUUUGUAAAUGGAGCAAGAAGGCAACCUGGCUGUCCAGAAAAUAAUUCUUUCGAUAAUGUUUUGUCUGUAGAAAGAACAAGUUUGAGACCGGGAGAUAUUUUACCAAGCUGUAGUCAUAAAAGAGCAUUCAAAUACUUUGUAGAAGCUCUAGUGAAUAGAAAUUGUAAAUUUCAAGGCAUCAAAUGUGGAAGUCUAUCAGAUUUUGAAAACGGAAAGUGCACGCGCUGCAAUGAUCAUGAUUGUCGAGAGUUUGGCUUAAAAACGUACGCUGAUACUUCUGAAGGAAAUCAAUUUUUUUUAAACACUGCUGGACGUUACCCUUAUUGUUUACUGGAAUACAGAAUAGGUGUGUAUAUUACAGAUGAUGAGAAGCAAGGAAACUUCCAUUUUAUUCUAGUAGAUGAAAAUAGUAAUGUUGCUGAGGCUGUAGUAACAACAGAGGAAGAAUCCUACAGACUUUUCAAAUCAGGUGUAGAAAAUAAUAAUACGUUUGUAUAUUUUGCGAGUCCUCCUCGUCUUAAAAAUAUCAAAGAAGCUAAAGUGAAAUGGACAGAACAAAAAAAAAUCUACUGUUUCAUUUUCUGCCAAUUAACAAUAAAUGUAGAAAAAAUAAGUAUAGCAUUUUUAGGUAGUGGUAACGACGAUCAAGGCGAAGAUAUUUUUUUCUGUCCUCGAGAAAACCGAGUUCAAAUCGAAAGUGGUUCUUAUGUAACGUUUAGAAGAUGUACUGAGAAAACUGAACCUUAUAAUACUCCACUUGGAUCUGUAAAGGACACUCUAACGCAUAGCGAAGAUGAAAAUAAAAGUACAGAAACUUUUUCAGAAAGCCCGAUUACUUCACAAGUAACUACUGAAAUAACUAAGAGUAGUUCAAUUAAAUCGGUAAAACGUAAUCAAUCACAAAAAGGUCCAAAUUGAACUAA